CCUAGGAUAAGAGGCUCGCUGUCCAACUGAUGAUCACAUAGGCACGUCUCCAUUCUCAUCUCCCUUUGUUCAACACCUUAAAAACAAGAAAAAGCUAUUGCCUCUUUUAGCCUUCAGCUUCCAAUAGCUUCCAAUUUGCCCUUCUCUCCCUCUCUUCUUUACCUUAACACUCCUCCUCUUCCUCUAGCUCCCUCCUCUUCCUCUGUUGCGGUGGCGGCUCUUCCAGUUCUUCCUCUUUCUUGAUUCUUGGAUCGGUUCUUGCCUCAUCUCACUCUGUGUAGCUCGAUCUGAAAUCGAAUAGAUCUAGGUGUUCUUGGGUUUCUUUAGAAAAGAACAGCCAUGAUUGCGGCCACGCAGCAGCAGCAAGCAACAGCGACGGUGCCGUCUGCAGAAGAAGAGGCCUUGAAAAGGAAUACGGAUUGCGUUUACUUUCUUGCUUCUCCUUUAACCUGCAAAAAGGGAAGUGAAUGUGAGUAUCGCCAUAGUGAAUAUGCCCGCGUAAACCCAAGGGAUUGUUACUUCUGGUUGAAUGGGAAUUGCUUGAAUCCAAAGUGUGGGUUUCGUCACCCACCCCUUGAUGGCUUGUUUGGAACCCAAGCAUCAGCUUCUACUGGAUCUUCUUUACCUCCAUCACAUAUGGCAGUGGCACCUGCCAUGAACACGCCUCAAAAUUCAGCUAAACAAGCAGUCCCAUGCAUUUUCUUCCAGAAGGGGCUCUGCUUAAAAGGUGAUAGAUGUGCUUUCUUACAUGGACCUGGUAACAAAGUCUCACAGUCAAUGGUACCCUCUAGCACUGAACUCUCAUCUCAAAAGAAGGCUUCUGGUGGCCCUCAAAAGUUGACUCAAGGCCAUAAGAUUGCGCAGGCAAAUUUCUCUAAAGUAGUUGGAGCAUCUGCUGAAGCUAAACCUGCUCCUAAACCGGAAAUUGGUCCACCGAGAAAUGGGGCAGGAAUUGAUGGGAAUCUUGCACCAUCUAAAAUCAUGGAUGCUGAGUUUUCUAAAUACAAAGCAACAAAUCUUCCUCUUGUUGUCAAUGGAAACUCGAGUCGUUUCAAUCAUUUGCAUCAGUCACAAAUACAAGAUGAUCAUGUUUUCCAGAAUGGUAAGGAUGCUGAUGAGUUUUUGAGGGAGUCCUCUCCUGGUUUUGAUGUUCUUGUAGAUAAUGAGUUGAGAAAUUCUGAUUAUUACCAUGGUGAAGAUCAAUACGGAAGGACAAGAGGUCAUGAAGGAAGGAGCUUGAACCCUGUGGAUGAAUAUGAUAUGGGUCAUUCUGCUGAUUACAGUUCAGUUGCUGACAUUGACCGAGAAACAUAUUGUGAUAUGCAAGGGCAAUAUGCUUGGGAACAACAUAGGGCUUCAACAGAGAGAGUGCUAGAUGGGCCAGCUCAUUUGGAACAGAGAGCUUACUCAAAAGCAGAUAGCCCCAAGCUCAUUGAUGAGUCAGAUCUGCGCUAUCGCUUGUCAAAACAGAGAAGUCAUGGCUUGAGAUCUGUUGUCAGUCACGAUUUUGGCCCUGAAAACCAUGUGAGUAGUAUUCUUCAUGGUAGGAGAAAGCUUCCAGAAAGAUCUCCCUAUGGUAGUGAUUUACAUGUAGAAAAGGAAAUAGGAAGGAGUAGGAAUUGGGGCAGAUUGUCACCUGGGAGAUCAGAGAUCCCAUCUCAUCAAGGGAGGCUUCGUGACAGAAUAAAAGCUAGGGUGGAAGAGGACUACAAUAGUGAAGGGAGAAAUCUUAGAGGUAUACGAAUGAGAAGGGAAAUGACAGAUGAGAGGAGUACUGAUUUUGCUGGUCCUAAAAGUCUUGCAGAGCUGAAAGGUACAAAAAGUAUAGAGGGUAGGAUGCAGCAAUCCCUUGGAAAGAGAAAACAACUUGAAGAUCAUCGACCAUCUGAAGGUAAUCUUUCAUUCGAAGGCCCAAUGCCUCUUAGUGAGAUUCUGAAGAGAAAAAGAGAGGCUGAAGCCACAGCUACUGGCAGCGGAGUAUCUUCUGUCAGUAAGAAUGCAAAUAAUCAGAAAGAAAGCGAGGAAAGCUUGCUUGGCAACUCCGACAAUGCUGGAGUUGCAGAUAGACAAGGCAUUCUUUCAUCCAUAAAGGAUGAAGCCAGCAAGCAAGUACUUAAAGAUGAAGAAUCCAAUUCUGCAGCAGCUGGUGUUGUAAGGACUGUUGGAGAGUCUACUGAAGUCGCAGUUGGUCAAUAUGCUUCUCAACAGCCUAAUCCAAGUGAGCCUGAGACUGAAGAUGUGAUGAUUGUGGAUGAUGGCUUGGAAGAUCAUGAGUAUGAAGCUGAUGAUCAAAGGGAAGGGGACUAUGAAUAUGAGCAAGUUGAUGAAGGAGAGUAUUAUGAAGAGGGUGAAAAUGCAGAUGCAGAAGAGCAAUACGCAGACGAUGAAGAUGAAGAUGGAGAUGACUUUGCUAAGAAAAUUGGUGUGAUUUACUAGUUAGGGGAAUUGAGAAAUUGAUGCUUUUGGCUAUUAUUGUGGCGUGUUGACUACAUUGGGAACUCAUUGUGGUUGGCUGGUUUUGAUAAAAGAGUUGUAGUUGCCAUGGAUUUGCUUUAUAGAAGUAGGGAUAUCAUGUUCUUAUGUAGUGUUAAUUUAAACUUCUUUUUAAUUUUUUUUUUUGUUAUUGUAUUUAAAACUGAUUGAAUGAAAAAUUUUCUUGUGCUUGGGGCGUAGCUUUUGCCUUGAGCCCAUCAGUCCUGCUUGCUCAGAAAGGCAGGAAUGUAACAGUAGACAAUUAAUAAGAAAACUGCUGCUUACUCCUCACAA